UUUUGGAGCUACACUUCCGCCAUGCUUGGCGUGACGUCAGAGUCACAUGACACUAAGGCCCGUGUGCAGUGUUCUUUUUUCUCCUCCUUUUCGCCGAACCCGGCUGUUCGUGUGCGCGAGCUUGUGAGAGUAAGAGAGAGUGCGGAGAGGAAGAUGUCGGGCUGGGAGAUGGGGCAGCAGAGUGGAAGAAGUUUCUCCGUGAAAUCUGCCAAAACAUAAAGCUUUUCUUCAUUCAAUCUGACGGGAUUUUUUGUUUUUUAAAAAAGGGACCCAGGAGCAUUGUGAGCGGGUUGUGCGCGCGUGGAGCUGGGAUGUUAUCGGUACUCUCGUAUGGACGGAUCGUGGCCAGGGCCGUCCUGGGCGGACUCUCUCAAACCGACGGCCGGGAUUACAAGCUGGUCACGGCGAGCUGCGGCUUUGGCAAGGAUUUCCGAAAGGGCAUCCUGAAGAAGGGCAUGUGCUACGGGGACGAUGCGUGCUUCAUAGCGCGCCACAGGUCCGCCGAUGUCCUGGGUGUGGCGGACGGAGUGGGUGGUUGGCGCGACUACGGCGUCGACCCAUCUCAGUUUUCCGAAACUCUGAUGAGGGCGUGCGAGCGGUUGGUGAAGGAAGGACGCUUCACUCCUAGCUGUCCUGUAGGGAUCCUCACCUCGUCCUACUACGAGCUUCUACAGAAUAAAGUACCUCUGCUGGGUAGCAGUACGGCGUGUAUAGUGGUGCUGGACCGGAGGAGUCAUCAAAUCCACACGUGUAAUCUGGGUGAUUCGGGGUUCCUGGUGGUCCGGGGAGGCGAGGUGAUCCAUCGCUCCGACGAGCAGCAGCACUACUUCAACACCCCCUUUCAGCUGUCAAUCGCCCCACCGGGGGCUGAGGGGUCUGUCCUGAGUGACAGUCCUGAAAUGGCGGACAAGUCUUCGUUUGACGUCCAGCUCGGUGACAUCAUCCUCACUGCCACGGAUGGUCUUUUCGACAACAUGCCGGAUUACAUGAUCCUGCAGGAGCUGAAGAAGCUCAAGAACACAAAUUACGACAGCAUUCAGCAGACGGCGCGCAGCAUAGCUGAGCAGGCCCACGAGCUUGCCUACGACCCGAACUACAUGUCGCCGUUCGCUCAGUUCGCCUGCGAUAACGGACUCAACGUCAGAGGAGGAAAACCCGAUGACAUCACGGUGCUGCUCUCCAUCGUGGCGGAAUACACAGACUGAGCUCGAUCGGCAGAGCUGGUCGUCUUUAUUUUCUCUUUCUCUCUCUCUCGUCCUCGUGUCUUCCUUUUCAUCCGCCACUCGUCUGGAACCGUCUCUCGCCCCAUCCUACUUUAUCCGUCCUUGUCCUGAGUAGCUCAUGAGAAGAAGAGGAGAGCAUGGACUCGCUUUUGUGGGUGGGCAACGCUUCUAUAGGAGGCUAUUUGUGCUCGUGCACCAAAGGAUCAUGGGAGGAUGAGUCAUCAGCUCGUCUCACGCCUCCGCCGUAUGCGAUUAAGUUGUAGGUUCUUCAAGGUGCUUCUAAACGAGAGCGACCUCUCAGCACGGACACUAUAGGGGAUGUUUUUAUUUAUAGCCCCUUUUCUAGCUGAGAGAAUGUAAAUCAUGUGUGUGAAAGAGUGUGGGUUAAGGUUGUCUGUUUAAGAUUAUGCUCGUGUGUGUGUGUGUGUGUGUAGUGUAAUUUGUUAACAUGUAUGUCUUAUGUCACUCGGUUCAGCAAGCGCAGCUCAGGAUGUUGCUGAUGUGGUUCCGCCCCCCUUUAAAAAAAAAAAAAAAAAAGCGGGCCAGGCCUGCAUCUCCAUGGCGAUAUUGAAAUGUGGGCGUGGCCAGCAGAGCACAGCAAAGAAGAAGUAUGACAAAGAUGCAAAACUGGUUUUUGGUCAUUUGUUUGCUUUUUUUUUUUUUUUUUUUUUUACAGAAAGACUGGAAGUUGAUACUGUAAAGUGUGUGUCCGAGUGAGUUUAGAAUUAGAGACGCCCAAGAGUGUAGAGCGGCGUUAACGACUUAACAAACUGCAUUAUGGGUAAAUGGGUUCAGCAGCACUUCAUGACUGUAGACGGAUUAUUUAAAAAAUGAAAAUAAAUUUUGUGUAAUAAUCCAUUAAAAAGCCAUACUAGUCUGAACCAGAUUUACCCAAUCAAUAUAAAAUGUAUGCGAUUGUCCAGAUGAUUGUUUGUCCACCUCCCGGUCUUGUGUGGCUCGAGUACAGUGUGACGACAGUACAGAACACAACACUCAUCGUUUUUAAAAUUUUAUGAUAGACUUUUUAUUUA